AUGCGUUCGAAGUUUAAGGACGAGCACCCGUUCGAGAAGCGCAAGGCCGAAGCUGAGCGCAUCCGCCAGAAGUACGCUGAUAGAAUUCCGGUACGUCUCCACGUCUUCUCAGUAGAAGCAGUAUCGUCGCAUGUUAUCAAGAGCGACUAUCGCGACGCUGCUAUUGUCGAGCGAGCUUUACUGACUGCCCCGAACGUAGGUUAUCUGCGAGAAGGUCGAGAAGUCAGAUAUUGCGACCAUCGACAAGAAGAAGUACCUCGUGCCAGCAGAUCUCACCGUCGGCCAGUUCGUCUACGUGAUCCGCAAGCGCAUCAAGCUCAGCCCCGAGAAGGCCAUCUUCAUCUUCGUCGACGAGGUCCUUCCUCCCACCGCUGCGCUUAUGAGCUCAAUCUAUGAAGAGCACAAGGACGAGGACGGCUUCCUCUACAUCACGUACGUCGCAAUCUCGCCACAUAUACAGUAUUGUGUAUGGAAUCUUGCUGACGUUUGUUAAAGGUACUCGGGGGAGAACACCUUCGGCGAGGCUGCAUAA